AUGGAAGGAGUUGAGCAAAAUCAAUCGACCAUUUCCUUUUCCCCCUUUGAUGGUCAGGAUAUAGUAGCAGAGCUGGUAGAGAGAUCGUUUUCCUCACGAAAUAUUAGUGAGCAGAAACAAAUAGCUCGCAUGUCAAGGCCGAUACCGAAGCUUACACUAAAGACGAAUGAUAGGAGCUUUCAAGAAAGUUGGUAUUCGAACAAGGACUGGCUGUGUGGUAGUGUGAGGAAGAAUAGAUUGUUUUGCUGGCCAUGUCUUUUGUUUCGUUCUUCCCCUAGAAAGUCUCCAUGGGCUUCAACAGGCUAUCAUAACAUGCAUAGUUUUAGUGGUGACAGCAUAAAACACGAGAAAACAAAAUCUCACAUGGAGGCAUACAAGCAGUGGAGGUUAUUUGAUUCGAGGGAGAGUGUUGAUGUUUUGUUUUCGAGAGCUCGGCGAGAAGCAGUAGAGAGGCACAAUGAGGAGGUAGACUGCAAGGUACAGAGAGAGUGGAUGAAGGUGGAGUUUUUUACUGGGGUUUCAGCUGAUGUCCAAAAUGAUUUAAUUGAGUGUAUUGACUCAGUCAUUCAGGAUGAGAUUGAUGAUGAAAUGAAAGAGUGUCAGUUUUUUAGCAUUCAAGUUGAUGAAACAACUGAUGUUACAGCAAAAGCACAACUCAGUGCCAUUAUACGACUAGAUAAAGGGAGUGAAAUUGUGGAAAGAUUUUUAAAAUUUAGAAAUGUUAGUACCGACCGAAGUGCACAAGGUAUUAGUGAUAUAGUUAAAGGCAUCUUAGAGAGAUAUGGAGAGGCUGUAAUACCUAAAUUAGUGAUGCAGACUUAUGAUGGGGCAUCUGUGAUGAGUGGUCAUCUAAAUGGUUUACAGGCAAUUUUAAGACAGGUGUACCCCUAUGCUUAUUUUUUUCAUUGUGCAGCACAUAGGCUUAAUUUGGUUUUAUGUCAAUCUGCUUUGAAAAUUAAGGAGGAAAGAUUCACGGAUGCAGAGAGCUUUUCAUUUCUUGACUUAGUCAAUCCUAAACUUUUUGUGCAGUGGAAAACAGCUAUUCCUAAUGAAAAAAUUCAACAACUAUCAGCAAAAUAUGGUCCUCUCUUUAAUAUACCUAGGCUUGAAGUCAACUUUUUUGUGUACCAAGAUAAAGAUUUUUAA